AUGUGUGACUUCGCUAAAGAUAACUGUGGGUGGACAGGGCAUGCGUCGGAAGUUUAUCUGAGCAGAUAUAUCCUGAUCUGUGGUAGAAAUGGCAAGCUUAUCGAUUGUAUCUUAAAGACUCGUUUCCAAGACGGUGACACAUGGACUCCAAGACAAAUUCGAUCUAUUAACUAUAUUGAUGUUGGAUUUUCUGAGGACGUUAUCAAAACGAUUCGUGAGUAUGAAGAUAUUUACGUUCUAGCCACCACGUCAUUGCCUCGUUCUGAGAUACAGCAGCCUGUCAGUGAUAUUGUUAGUGUGAAAAUUCCACUCGCUCUGCAUCAUCGCUGUCUCCACUACAGCCAUCUUGUACUAGGGGGAGCCACGCUUGUGGUCGCUUACAUCACGGACUAUUUUGAACCUUACGAUCUACGCCAUAUACUCAAAGCACACUCAUCGUCACCAGCGGUUAAAUUCAGCAGAUCUUCGUCCAUUUUGCCAUUGGGUGUCGAUUUCAAGAUUGUUUUCCGAGCAAUGUAUGAUGAAUUCACGACUGGGCUAACGUUUGUGUACAACAUUUCUAUCAGUGACGGAGUAUGUGAUGACUGUGCAAGUGACGAGUUCCGCUGUGAUAAAAAUCAAGAAAUUGAGUGUAUUCCGUUAUCCAAACUUUGCGACUUCGAAGCUGACUGUUUAGGUGGAGAGGAUGAACAAUUUUGUGAUUUUACAACAAAAUCAACCCUUUGCAAUCAAAACAGCAGUUCUACAAACACAGUUUCCAAUUACAUAACUGCAGAUAUGUAUAAAAGUGAUGUAGAGGGAGGAACAGUUUAUGUCCCUCGAAUGAAUCUCUGUGAUGAUGGGAAAUACUGCGCACUGAACUCGUCAAACAAAUGUUCAAUCGUCUGUCCAGCUAAUUGUAAUUGUUCAGGGCUGUCAUUUUACUGUUCCUCUCACGAUGCUCCGACGUUUGCCACUUCAUUAGUCCUGCAUGAUUAUCGAGAGUCUCAUGUAACGUUCGACAACGGUUUUUCAAAUCUUAAACACCUUACGGUGAACAACUGUAAAAUGAUGACAUUAACUAUAAAUCAAGAGGUGUUGAUAGAAACUCUAGAAAUCAGGCAAAGUAAUAUUGAAACAGUGGUCAUUGACGACACAAAAGAUUACCUUCGAUCGGUUCGUUUAAUUCAAAGCACGUUUGUUGAAAUUAAAUUAUCGUCUAAAUCAGAGCAUACGUUUGAACUUUACGUGGAUGCAAGUUCGAUUGUCUCUACCAUACCGGCAAUUCUGUACAGUGUCAACGUGAAAAUCUACAAUACUUUAACCUUCCCAUACACGUUCCAUCUAUUUGAGUGCGUUGUUUUAAACUUCAGUUAUUGUGAUCUGGAUAGACAGCCAUCGUUUUAUCACAAUGCAAUUACUUUGGAUCUCAGUUAUAAUAGAUUGAAGACUUGGCGUUUUAAUUAUUACACUAAAAUCUUGCAUUUACAAAGUAAUCAAAUAAGUACAGUGAAUUUUUCAUCCGAUUUCAGCGCAUCCGAUAGUCAAUUGCAAUACUUGGAUCUUUCCGAUAAUAACAUUUGUUGUAUUGACAAAAAUGAUUUUGGUGAUCUCCCUUCUAUUUUAUAUCUGAAACUUAGGAAUAACGGGUUACAAUUUAUACAUGAAAAGGCAUUCUCUGUUCUAUCAAAACUGGUAUAUCUUGACCUAUCAGACAACAAACUUAAGGACUUAAGUCGCAACCAUUUCCUUCGUCUAACGAAUCUCAAAUAUCUUUACCUUCAUAAUAAUAAUAAUUUAAAAGUGGUUGAAGGUAUGUUCGAUGGUCUCAUUAAUGUAGAGUAUCUCCAGGUAGAUUCUUACACAUUUUGCUGUGCUCAACCAAAAGCUGUCAGCAAGAUUCAAUGCUCCGCUCCAGUAAACGAAAUCUCUUCUUGUCAAAAUUUGAUUGACACCCCUAUUCUCAGCAUUAUCAUAUGGUACAUUGCUUUCUUAGCGGUGUUUGGUAAUGUAAUAGGUCCGUUGUAUAGAGUUUUGGUGUUGAAACCAAAAGUAGUAACGUCUUUUGCUAUCUAUUCUUUGAAUUUGGGACUCGCAGAUUUUCUAAUGGGAGUGUAUUUGUACAUCAUAGCUGGUGCCAAUCUAACCUUCAGUGGUCGUUACGGCAUUGAGGACGAAUCGUGGAGAAACAGUGCUGCCUGUACUUUUGCAGGAGUUUUGGCUACUAUCUCCAGUGAGGCUUCUGCCCUCUUUGUACUCUGUAUAACGAUUGACAGAAUAUUCAUUAUCCGUUUCCCUUUCUCAGAAUUCAAAACCAACACCUGUAUAGCCAGACUUAUUUCCAUCUUGGUGUGGUUCGUUUCUCUUCUUCUGGCUUUGACGCCGUUGUUUGGACACGAUUACUUCGAUGGUUACUAUUCUAGUUCUGGGAUAUGCAUCUCAUUACCGUUGUCCGUUCUCCGCAAACCCGGUUGGGAAUAUUCUAUGAUAAUAUUUGUUGGAGCCAAUUUUGUAUUUUUCAUUGGUAUUCUACUGGGACAGUUUGUCAUAUUUGCUGAUGUUGUUCGAAUGGGGAAAGAAGUUAACUCGCAUCACAAAACACAGAAUAACAGAGAGAUUAAUCUUGCAAAAACCCUUAUCGCAGUCGCAGUAACAGACAUGUUCUGCUGGAUUCCAAUGGGAGUAAUCGGUUUCCUAACAUUUAUGGGCAUUGACGUCACGUCCAAGGUUUAUGCCUGGGUGAUCGUCGUAGUCCUCCCUAUUAACUCUGCGCUGAACCCCAUUAUCUACACUUUCUCCGCCAUGAUGCGACGAAGGCGAAAAAAUAGCUUAUCCAAUAGACUAAGCUAUUCCAAAACAAAAGAAGAGAAAAGAUCAGGGGAGAUAAAUCGGUCAUCUCUUCCCGCCACAAGACAACAGUCAGUUCAGUCCAUCGAAACCUUGGUCAAGUAAAUCCACGAAGAUGUUUUGUUGUUUAUAUAAAGAUACAGUAGAACACGGUUAUAGCGAACACGCUUAUAAUGAAUUGACGCUUACAGCGAAGUGAUUUUCAUUCCCGGUGACUAUAUUACAUGUUGUAAACUUGAUGGAUAUAACGAAUUACGCUUAUAACGAAGCAAAAUCGCCCGUCCCUGGUGCUUCGUUAUAACCGUGUUUUACU